AUGCUGCAGUUUCACUUGUGGAAGAAUCUCCGUGAAGCCAUUGAUGCUGCUGGCAGGGCUGAAGGGACAGACCCUCACUUGUCUCCCAGGCCGGAUGCCAGCAACGCAGCAAAGAGAAAGUUCAGAUUUCUGCCGGAGCUGGGUUUUGAUGUCCGAGUUCUCACAAUGCCCCUGUCAGAGAACACUACGUUGCUGCUCAGUGUGUUUCUACAGGUGCCUGAGAUUAUAAGCUCUAUUCGACAAGCUGGAAAAAUUGCUCGUCAAGAAGAGUUUCAGAAUAAUCUCUCAGAUGUUGAAGACCCUUUUGCCAAAAAGUUUGAGGUGCUGUUCUGUGGACGAGUGACAGUAGCACAUAAAAAUGCACCUCCAGCACUCAUAGAUGAAUGCAUUGAGAAAUUUAAUCAUGCAAGUUGUACAAAAAAAUCAGAUUUCAACUCAUCAUCCCAACAACAUGAAACUGCCAAUAACUUCGGAGGCUUCUCUUUCAGCAACAAAUUUCGGUCUGUCUUCCAGCCCUUGGUCAGUGAAGAGGAGGAGAAAAGGCCAAUUAGGAAAUCCUUUUCUCAGCCUGGGCUUCGUUCCUUUGCUUUUAAGAAGGAUUUGCAAGAUGGAAGCCAUAGGAGUAACAGCUUUGUCAGAUCUUUUGAAGAAGAUGCAAUUUCACUGAACCUAAAAAGUCAACUUAUCUAUGGACACAGUGUUGUGCAGCCAACAGACAUUGCAGAAAACCGGACCAUGUUGUUUACGAUUGGCCAGUCUGAAGUUUACCUCAUCAGUCCUGACACAAAAAAAGUAGCAAUUGAGAAAAGCUUUAAAGAAAUAUCCUUUUGUUCUCAGGGAAUUAGACAUGUGGAUCACUUUGGGUUCAUCUGCAGAGAAUCUUCAGAAAAUGGAGGCUUCCACUUUGUUUGCUACGUCUUUCAGUGUACAGAUGAAGCACUGGUUGACGAAAUCAUGAUGACAUUGAAACAGGCUUUCACCGUAGCUGCUGUGCAACAGACUUCCAAGGCACAGCCUCAGCUCUGUGAAGGAUGUCCUAUGCAAAGCUUGCAUAAACUCUGUGAAAAGAUAGAAGGGUUACACCCUUCUAAGACUAAACUAGAACUACAAAAGCAUUUAACAACACUAAAUAACCAGGAGCAGGCCUCUAUUUUUGAAGAGGUUAAGAAAUUAAGACCAAGAAAUGAUCAAAAAGAGAAUGAGUUGGUUAUCUCUCUUUUGAGAAACAUGUAUGAAGAAAAACAGAAGGACCAUGUUCAUGUUGGAGAAGCAAAGCAG